CUAAACCUCGGCUUUCCCGAAGAUGGCGUCUGCUAGAUCGCGAUUUCUCAAAUCAGCUGAUGCGCGAGCCAGAGCGUAGGUGGAUACGUCAGUGAGACGUCCGCCAACUCGCGGAGAUUUUGGAGCAGAUUUUUUCGUUUCACCACAGACAACAACAUGGCCUGGCUGUCAGGCUUGGCAGGCAAGGCCGAGGAAGUGUUAAAUAACAUUGACAGAAGCACUGCUGCUGCGCUGAAAAAGGAAGAUGGUAAACGGGAUUUUUCAGAGUCGAAUCUAUUGGAGGUUAGAUCACUGCCUCCAGAUUCUAAUUUGACAGUUGAGGAGUUUUUGAGAAAUGAAGCGAGAUACACGGAUUCAAAAACAUACAUUGAGAAAAAGCCACCUUUUGUUAAUAAAAUGGCAUUGUCAGCUCCUACAACACCUGCGCAUUCUGAGAGAUCAAUGAAAUUGCAAUCAGACUCUCUUGCUUGGCUUGACAAAGCAGCGCUGAAUUCAGACCCAAAGGAAAGCUUAUUAGAUGUAUCUGUGGACAAGCCAUACAGUAAUGCUGAUGCUGAUAAUUCUAAUAUUGUUUAUCAAGUGGUUGAUGACAGCAAAACUGAAUCAAAUGACUCAAAUCAGUUUGCAAAUCUAAAUGGUUCCACAAUGUCUACAAAGGAAAGUACAAAACAAUCUGACGGAGAACAGCAAAUCAGAACAGAAUACUUGAAGGAAAUUGAAUCUCUGAGGGAAAAAAUAAGUUCAUUGACUUCAGAGAGAUCUCGUUUUGUAAGGGAGAUCUCUGAUCUUAGUUCUACAUUGGAAAAAACUAGAUCUGAAAUUAAUUCUGUUGAAUCAGAGCUUGAGCAGCAUCGAGCUAGAGCUUUGAAAACGUUACAGGAAAGAGACAAACUCAUAGCAGAAUUGAGGAAUAACUCUGGAGCAGAACUGGAUGAUACCAGUGUCCUUGUUGAACUCAAUCAAUUGAGGCAAGAAAGAGAAACUUUGAGAGAAGAAAAUCGGCAAAUUCGGGAAAAAUUACGCUUGGCGCGUCAAGAAUGUAUAGAUGCCGAUUUGAAUGCCGAAAAAGUGAGGCAAAGGGCAAUGGAAGCAAGCAUUCAAGCUCGAGAGUCAGUAGCUAAUGAGAGGAGAAGAAGAUUAGAUGCAGAAGAGGAUGCAAAACUCAGGAGUGAUGAAGUAAGAUCACUAAGGGAAGAAUUGAGCCUCAGACAGACUACAUUCCAAGCCAAACUACAAAAGCAAGAAUCUGAAAUUUCAAGACUGAGAUCACAACUUUCAGCAGCAGCAACGCCCAACUCAGAAGUUGAAUCAAGACUGUCAAGUUUGACAAGAACCUUGGUCCUGAAGCAACAAGAAUUGGAACAUUUGACAACUGACAGAAAUGCACUAAGAUUGCAGCUUGAAAAGUUGGAGCAUGAAUACCAAAAUUGGAGAAAAAAUUUACCAUUUAAUAGCUUAAACGAUACCGACGAUGCUAAAGCCUUACUGCCAAGUUUCCUAAUGGAAAGCCCAUUUGACACUGGAGUUGCCAGACGUGUGAAGAGAGCUUACUCAUCAUUGGAUGCUGUUGGUGUACGAAUUGGAGUAUUUUUGAGAAGGUAUCCUCUAGCAAGAACUUUCGUCAUACUGUAUAUGGCUUUGCUUCAGUUUUGGGUCCUGAUUGUACUCUUCUCACAAUCUCCAGAUGCACACUAAUUGUAAUUUAAUAAACCUAUCAGAGAAUUUUUAUCUACUGUAUAUAAAUAUAUAAAUUGUACAUACAUACACAAAAAACGAGUUACUGGUUACACACGCAUAUUUAGAAUAAAGUCUUUUUUUUAAAUACCUAA